GAGAAAACCGACAUUUAAAUUUAGAUAUGAAUACAUAAAUAAUUCCAUUUGCAAACCCAAACACGCACAUCAAACGUUUUUGACGAUUGACUCUCGAUAUAACGCGUCAAAGUCCCGAAAGCAGGCGUCGGUGUUUCGGAAAUAUAUCAGGAAACAAACGGAAUCCGCUCUGAAUCCCGAAAUGGAAGGACUUUAAUACCUUUAGCUUUAGCCUGUUAGCCUGGACUGCAUGUGUGUGUGUUUAUAUCAACAAUAGUGGAUUCUCAUUCACAUCUACACGAAUAAGAAGAGCGUUUAUAUGAUCGACGAGAACAUCAAGUGAAGAAGGAGCUGCUGGAUCUUCAGGGAUGUAGUGUUUGUUUAGGACAGGAACGCUCGGGCAACGCUGCACGACGGAAGGAGAGGCCCCGAUACCGGACUGGAAAGAGUUGCUGCGUCUCAGGGGUCCGUAAUGGAGAAGACGGAGAAGAGGCCUGGAUACUUUGCCAGGCUGAAGAAGAAACGGCAACAGAAGCAGAGCCAAUCGGAGAAAGUGGAUGCUGAUUUGACGCCAGUCAUCUGUGAGCCUGCUCCUAUUGGACAAUCUCAGGAGAGGAAUGUGGAAAGAGAACAGCCUGAGAAAACCAAGAGUGGUCAAAAUGACAGAUCAGAUGACAACAGUAAAUCAUGCAGCCAGACCAAGAAAGAGAAAAAUAAACCUCCAGGAACCGUGGAGUACACCGUUGGACUGAAGGACACUCUGAACAGCAUCGCUCUGAAGUUCAACAUCACUCCAAACAAACUGGUGCAGCUGAACCGGCUCUUCUCGCACAGCGUCUUACCUGGACAGAAAUUGUUUGUUCCUGAUGUGGACCAAUCAGAGGGCGGUUCUCAGGUCAACGGUUCCUCUGAACAUCUCACAGCAUCAGAGAAGGACGGUGAAUCGAGCAGCAGGUCCGGGCGGCCCGUGCGCAGAGAGGUGUCGCCCCUGUCUGAAGACGAGAGUCCGGCCACCGUCAAAUUCAUCAAGAUGAGCUGCAAGUACUUCACUGAUGGCAUGGGCGUUGUCGGAGGAGUGAUGAUUAUAACGCCCAAUAACAUCAUGUUCGACCCGCACAAGUCGGACCCACUGGUGAUCGAGAACGGCUGUGAGGAGUACGGCCUCAUCUGCCCCAUGGAGGAGGUGCUGUCCGUGGCCCUGUAUGACGACGUGUCCCGCAUGAAGCUCAAGGACGCGUUGCCAUCUGAUGAACCGCGGGAUCUCUGUCCGUUAUACAGGCCAGGUGAGUGGGAGGAGCUUCCCUCAGAACGCGAUCUGAACCCUUUUAGUCGUUACGAGGCUCUCGGAGCGCCCAACCGCCCAAUCAUAUUAGACGAUAUCGAAUCGGCCGUCUCUGAGAUAUCAGAGUGCCAAAUCGCUGACAAAUCGCCAUCAGAUGAAGGUUUCACUGAACUGGAGCUGCUGCAGAGUGAGUCCAACACUACCUGCUCCGGCCAGGAGGGGGCGUCGCUACAGGAGCACAGAAAGACGCCCACCCGGCUGUCAAUGGACCAAAAAGACACAUCCGUGAGGUCUUUUCAUGCCGAGGAAGAUGAAGAUGAAGGACUUCACAACCGUUCCACAGAUGACAACGCAGAGCUGCUACAGUCUCUUCCCGCACUGGUGCAUGAUGGGAAGGUGGCUGCAAUAGAAGAGGAUGAGGUGACCAAAACAAUAGUAAACGGUGUCUCGGCAAUCGAGGUGAACGCAAACGACCAAAAAUGGAAGGUGACCCCAGAGGAGUCUGGGAAAUGUAGUCCGCCUGGGCCAAAUGUUGAGGGACCAAACUCAGACGUAGAGCUUUCUGAAGAAGAGAAACGCAGACGAGCCAGUGAAGCCGAGGUGAAGUCAUGGCUGCUGAAGAGAAUGCAGAGACCAAUCGAAGACAUGCUGCUGUUCAACGAAGAAAAGAGCAAAGCUCCGCCCAUGUUCCUUUGCUUUAAGGUGGGGAAGCCAAUGAGGAAGUCCUUUGCCACUGGUCGGACGUCUAGCCCCGCCCACUCAUUGAUUGGCAGGGGGCGGCAGCCGGAGUAUUGGUUUGCUGUGCCUCAAGAGAGGGUGGACCACCUGUACUCGUUCUUCAUCCAGUGGUCUCCAGAUGCUUACGGUAAGGACGCUCAGGAGCAGGGCUUCGUGGUCGUGGAGAAAGACGAGCUCACCAUGAUCGACAACUUCUUCAGUGACCCGGUUCCUCGCAGCUGGGAGAUCAUCACGAUUAAUGAGGCCAAGAGACGCCAGAGCUUCAGCUUUGAGGACGAGGAACCUCUAGAUCUUCUUCCUGUGCUGAUGGACCCCAGCGCACUCCUGGAGGACAUGCACAUUGAGAAGUUGUCCACUCGUUUGCCGGCACGUGUUCAGGGUUAUCCGUGGCGCCUGGUCUACAGUACGGUCGUACACGGAACCAGCCUGAAAACCCUGUACAGGAACCUGCUGGAGCUGGACUGCCCUGUGCUGAUGGUCAUCAAAGACAUGGACAACCAGAUUUUUGGAGCGUUUUCCACUCACCCUUUCCGAGUGAGUGAGCACUGUUACGGGACAGGAGAGACCUUCCUCUACAGCUUCUGCCCGGAGAUCAAGGUGUACCGCUGGACGGGUGAAAACUCCUACUUUGUGAAAGGAAACACGGAUUCUCUUCAGAUCGGAGGAGGAGGGGGUCGUCUGGGCCUGUGGCUGGACGCUGACCUUUACCACGGCACCACAUCCAAGUGCUCCACCUUUAAUAACCUGCCACUGUCCUCCAAACAGGACUUCACCAUCCAAAACCUCGAGGUGUGGGCCUUCGAAUGAGCACCUGCGCAUACAUAGACACGCUUACGUACCCACACGCACUGUGAGACACGCUUCGCCAAGCUCACGGCAUGACAUACGAAGAAAUGUUGGGCGUCGCUUUAUCCCGUUCUGUACGAGGCUGUUUGGCGGGUUUGCCCUAUGCGGUUUGCGCAAAUCCAGUCAUACUUGAUGACGAGUUUUUACUUGGUCUGAGCUUCAGACUAGAGUGCAGAGAGAGAAGUUCGUGGCGGCAUUAACCUCCGACGCCACUCUCAGCCAUCCCAGCAUGCAAUGUUCUCUAAAGAUGUUCUCCUGCUGAAAUAUAACCAAUAUAUAAACACAUAUCUGUGUACGUGAACGGAGAGGAAUCGUUUUCCGAACUGUGUAUGAUACUCGGGAAGUAUUCGGUGGCCAAAUCCGCUGCGUCAGGGUCAGUUGCUCAAAUCGAAAAUCUUUUUUGUUUACAUCGUGGCGAUUUGAUGCGUUUAGUUCAUUUGGUGCAUUUUCAUGUUCGUUUGACUCAAGUAAAUGGACAUCCUCCUGCCAAUAUGUACCACGAAUAAUUUUUUUGACCAAAGCAUUUUAUUUGCCUUGUUCUUCAAUGUUUUAUAUUGUUUAUUUGAGUUUUUUAUAUUGAACGUGUAUAAUCAUAUUCCUACGUGAUGAUUGUUUUACUGUUUUGUGAUAUUUUAGGGACUUUUCUAGUUCAUUUGAAAGGGAAGCACUUGAAAUGAAGAGAUGUCAGUAUUAUUUUGAACACUAUUUCACUAGUAACCAGGUUGCUUCAGUUUCUAGCAAAUCAGGUUCACCACUUCACUGUGGGUUUGUGUAUGCAAUCACUCACUGAAUGAUGUCACUUCCUGAUGUUAUCUCGUGGCACGACUUGGAACGGCGUGAAAAGAUGCACAAGUUCUGCUCGGCCUCCGUUGCUGUGACACAAACUGUUGUUGGAGGUCCGAAUGCUUUGAGAUCUCUGGAAGCGUCACUCAUUUCACUACUAGACAGCAUCUGUGGGUAACUAACCGUGUCCAUUCCAAACCCAUAUUGUGUGGUCCGUGUAGGGAAAAAAAAAAAAGUUUACAAGUGUUUCACUCUAAAAAAUUGUCUCUGAUUUCAAACACUGUCCAGUUGUGUAUGGUAGCCAGUGAAUGUCAUAUUUAUUGUGCAUUUCUGUGUUUUAAAGUGAACCAAAUAAAUGCAAUAAAUGAAGAAAUAAA